GUUGGUGACUUUCUUCUCCAUCCCAGAGUGGUACUAUUUACAGAUGGCCGAAUUACAGACUUCACAGAUUCAUGCGCUACCGACAGUGACACGGAUUUAAUACCUAAUGAGCAUAUAUUAGCACCAUUCUUUGCGGUUUUACAUCGAAUAGGAGCAGAUCAUCCGAUUUUCUGUUUCCCAGUCGGAAAAAAUCCAAAUUACGCUUUAUUACAAACCAUAUCGGGUGUUUCUAAGGGAGGCAAAGUUUUGGAGAUUUAUGAAGCAAAGUGUUUUGGACGAUAUACCCUCCAUUACCUUUCAGCAACUUUGAUAUGCAAAGUAACAAAUGAGGAUGAAAUAGAAAGAGAGAAUUUGAGAUCCGUGGGUGAAUCUGCACUACAAUGGCAGACCUAUGAUGAAGAAUCUGUACGGGUAUGGCAGACCUAUGGUGAGGACGAUUUGGACGCAAUAUACGAGUUGAUACGGAACAAAGCGAGAAUUAUGCAGACCCAGCAAAGGGUAGAAGACGAGGAGGGCAGAUGGUAUAAGGAGAAAUACUCUACAAUUCCUAGGCUCGGUACUAGAGUUCGCCGGGGUCCCCACUGGAGAUUCCAGAACCAGGAUAGCGAGGGCAUCGGAACCAUAGUGGGUCAUGGGGAUAAAGCUGGGCUGGUACUGGUAGAGUGGGAUAAUGGAGAGCGCAGUAUGUACAACUAUGGGAUAAGAGGCAUGUACGAUGUGGUGGUUUGUGAGGAACCCAGGGUCCCUCUUGAUGGAUUGGUCGCUGUCGGUUGUUUUGUUAAGAGAGGUCCUGACUGGAAAUGGGGAGAUCAGGACGGCGGAGAAGAGGCUAUCGGGACUUGUUAUCGAGUGAUGGAUAAUGCCACCGUUUAUAUUCGAUGGCCAUGUGGAAGAAUGGGUAAUUACAGAUUUGGAUAUGAUGGAAAAUACGACAUUGAGUUAUGCGAUCCGUUCUCACCCGAGGUUAUAAAAGCCGUUAUAGAACAGCAGAAUACAUCAAACCAGUCUGGUACAAUUACAGAACACAUGAUUGCCUCAAAUGAUUUAAAAGAUAAUUCUGUGACAAAGGAAACACCACAUAACACAACUAAACAGAGUGAUUGCAUUAUGCAGGAAAAUAAAGGAAAUAUAACAUGGCAGAGUAAAACAUCAAAUCAGGGUCAAAGAACAGUGUUUCAAAAGGCGGCAGAUGCAAAGACAACAGAAACACCGCAUGAACUAAUUUUACAACGGGGACAGAGAGAUUGUAAUGAUAGAGCUAAUGCUACAGUCAAACAGACAGAACACUCCUUAACAGCUGUUUCAGUGGACGAUCUGGAAACUGAUGAAGGACAGGAUACUGGUCUAAAAGGCAACUCAGUGGGAGGUAUAUCUAAAAGUUCUGCCCAUAUCAAUCGGUCCUCAAGUCCGGACGAAUAUCAAAAUCCCCUAACUGUGAAUUCCUCUGUGAUUGUAAAUAACUGUGUUCAUUUCAAAGGAAAACCUAGCAUCAAUACUUCGACUAAUACUCAUAAAAAUCCUGAACUUUGUGUGGAUGGAACAAAUACGGAAACUGUUCAGAUGGGAACAAAUACAGAAAUGGAGACGAACACUGCACUCAUUUCGAAACAUCACUUAAGAAACAACUCCGUCUUUACAUAUAAUUCACAUGUACGUCCGUAUCUAUCCUGGCAAUGGCAGGACAAUAGUGGUGUUUGGGUAGACUAUCCCGAUCACGUGACAAAUUCAAUCAACUGCAGGCUUCAACAACAUCCCGUGGCAACGGUCUUGAUUUCUUAUAAUGAUGAAAGUUUUAGAAUUGUAGCUUCAAAGAUGAUACAGAUUAACACAAAAACAAAAGAAAGACACAACAUUAGAUGCAGGAGAAUACAGGACCAUUGUUGACACCGCAGACAUAUAGACAUAUAUAUGAGCGGAGGACAAGGGUUUCUCUUAAACAUUUCAAACUGUUCCUCAUUUAAUGACAUAAAUGGGUAAAAUGCUUUCAAAGUUUUUAAAUGUUUUUGUAUGAUUUUCACAUAAUUUAAUGUUGAAACUUGUUUUAAUGAAGCAGCAUAAUAAAAAUAAAAUCUAUCAUGUAUGCAUUUUAAAAACCAGACAAUCUUGGUAUCAUAAGUUGAUGAUAUCGAACAAUGAUAAGAAUCUUCCUAAUUUUCUCUGUUGCAUUAUGUCAACCAUUGAAUGAAAAAUAUGUGUCACUACUGAGCAAAAUUGAAAUGAAAAUAUAUU